GCAGCGAAUAAUUAAAACCGUUGGCGCCCAACUCUUUUUUGGCUCUGCUCAACAAUCUUUCUUCUCUUACAAUGUCUCUCUUUUAUCUAUUUAUGGGUGUUUCUGGUUAUGGGUUUUGGGAUGAAAGAUGGCCAGGCUUACCCAAAAUCACACCACUUCUUCUUCUUCUUCUUCAAAAUUGAAAUGGGUGUUUCUGACAUGUUGCAUGGCUCUGCUUGGAGCGGCUCUAAUUGUAGAUUUCUUCUGGGCUUCAUCUUCUUAUUCUUCCUCUGCGUAUUCGAUUAUUGGUUCUGGUUUGGAGCUCCAGAAAACUCCGACCCUUGUGGUACCAAAUGCCACAGUCAGCAAUGCUGGCCAGAAAGAAGUUUUGGGAGACAAAAAUGAACGUGUUCCUGAGAGAUUACUGUCUGGGACGUUUGCUGAUAUAGCUGCACCUGAGCUACCAUGGGAGGAGAUGCCACAAGCACCUGUACCUCGUCUCGAUGGAGCUGCAAUACAGAUCAAGAAUCUAUUUUAUGUGUUUGCAGGAUAUGGCACUCUUGACUAUGUGCAUUCUCAUGUUGAUGUAUUCAAUUUCUCCGACAAUACCUGGGGAGGAAGGUUUGAUAUGCCAAAAGAGAUGGGACAUUCACAUUUAGGAGUGGCCUCUGAUGGGAGAUACAUAUAUGUGAUAUCAGGACAGUAUGGUCCCCAAUGCAGAGGGCCUACAGCUCGUUCAUUUGUGUUGGACACCGAGACAAAGAAAUGGAGUAGUAUACCGCCAUUACCUUCUCCUAGGUAUGCUCCAGCAACUCAAUUAUGGAGAGGCAGGCUCCAUGUGAUGGGUGGUAGCAAAGAAAACCGCCAUACGCCUGGUGUGGAGCACUGGAGUAUUGCUGUGAAAGGUGGUAAAGCAUUGGAGGAAAAGUGGCGGGAAGAAGUACCUAUUCCACGUGGAGGGCCACAUAGGGCUUGUGUUGUAAUCAAUGAUCGCCUCUUUGUUAUUGGCGGUCAAGAGGGUGAUUUUAUGGCCAAGCCUGGUUCUCCAAUUUUCAAAUGCUCGCGCAGGCAUGAGGUGGUCUAUGCUGAUGUUUAUAUGCUUGAUGAUGAAAUGAAAUGGAAAGUGUUACCUCCUAUGCCGAAACCAAACUCUCACGUAGAGUGUGCUUGGGUAGUUCUCAACAAUUCAAUUAUCAUCACUGGCGGUACAACAGAAAAGAACCCAAUCACCAAAAGGAUGAUCCUCGUCGGGGAGAUCUUCCAAUUUCAUUUGGACUCGAUGACAUGGUCAGUGAUUGGGAGGCUUCCAUACCGAGUAAAAACCACAUUAACUGCUUUUUGGGAUGGCUACUUGUAUUUUACAUCCGGGCAGCGAGACAGAGGACCAGAUAAUCCACAGCCAAGACAGGUGGUUAAAGAUAUGUUUAGGACCAAAUUGAGCUUGUAGAGUUGUAGUCCAAUUGCUUUCUAACAGUAUUUGUGAUCUUCUUUUUCACCUUCUUAGUUAAGAAGGGGCAAUUUUAUCGAUUCUUUUUACCUUUACCUAUAUAGUUAUUUAAUGAUUUUACAUGUACAUCGUGUAAAGCAAUCAAAUUCGCUAAUCAGUUUAGUUUCUGUUA